CCGGAAGGCUGAGUUUUUAUUGCUCAUGGGAAACUGAAAGUUAAAGAUUCAGUCAGACUGAGAGGAGAGGAGAGGCUCCACGGUGUUUUACAGAACGCUACGAUUGUUAGCAGGCAGAUUAAAGCAGCGAUGGAGAUGGAGCUUCUUUUACUGCUGACCAUCUGCCUUCUGAUGUUUAGUGGGAAAACGUUUGGUAAUGAAACCGGUCAUGUCAAGAUAAUCAUCAAGGAGGAUGAGGAUGUCAUCCUACCUUGCUCUCUCAAAACAAUUUAUGAAGAUGACAAAACAAUUUUUGACUGGAAAAAGGAUGUCAAGGAUGUGUUAUUAUAUGAGAGUGGCACAGUUAACCCUUCCACUCAACAUGAUCAGUUUAGAGGUCGAGUCUCUCAUUUUCGAAAUGGGGCAAAGUCUGAAAAUGCUUCAAUAAAAAUAAUAAAAACAAAGGUGUCCGAUAGUGGACAUUACACCUGCUUUGAUAUUAUCCAAAGUCCUCCAGAGAAACGUAACCAAGUAGUGCUUACUGUUGAAUACAUCUUAAAGGACAGAACAGGAGAACCGACAGCUGGUGCAUAUGCAAAACCAUCAGUCAAAAUAGUCAAUCAAAAUAAUCACUGGGCACUGCUGAAAUGUCAAGUUCUUGAUGCUUUUCCUAAACCCACCGUAGUCCUGUACAACAGUGCCGGAAAUAAGGUUUCUGACAAAGAACCAUCAGACAGUACAAAAGGAGAUCGCUAUGAUGUGCUCCUGGAGACCAAAGUGACCACGACAGACAACUAUACCUGCGUAGCCACACAAGAGGAACUUCACCAUCAGUUUAAUGACACUACAUUUGUACAUUUUGGAGGACACUUAAGUCAAUUGGCUAAACCAUCAGUCAGAACUGUCGGUCCAACUGUUGGUGGGUUACUUCUGAGCUGUGAAGUUCAUGGUGCUUCUCCUAAACCCAUCGUAGUCUGGUAUGACAGAGCUGGAAACAAUGUUUCUAAUAGAGCACCACAGGUCAGUGAAAAUGGAGGCCUCUACGAUGUGAUCCUGGAGACCACAGUGACCAAGACAGACAACUAUACCUGCGUAGUCACACAGGAGGAACGUCACCAUCAGUCUAAAAUAACUACAUUUGUAGAAAGAAGUAGAGGAAUCUCAGUUACUCCCAGUUUGGUCCUCAUUGGAAUUACCAUUAGAGUUCUUACUGGAGUUUAAGUACUACAAAAAAAUAACUCUUCAGCCUCAAAGUUUUAAUAAUGUAUCAAUUAAGGAAAGACAGAUGACAAGACCCUUGUCCCAACAACCAAAUGAUGCAGAGCUGAAACCAAUCAAUGACGUCACAAAUCAUCUAAGCAAAGCAACAGUGAGAUGAAAGAGGAGUUACUUCAACUCAAAAUAAAUUUGCUAUUUCUAUUAAAAGUUCAGAUUUAAAAAACAAAUUAAACUAAGAUCAUACUUGCAUGUGGUUUUGUUUCUUACUGAUUUAUUCACAAAUUCAUAUUUUUUAUUGAAGAACAUAUUGUAAAAGUUUAUUGAACGUAGUAAAACCUUUUUGUGAUUCAAGCAUUUUUUUCUCUUUGAUACAGCUUUAGCUACUCUUUUCUGUUGGACAGAAAUUGAUAGUUAGAGGCAGAACAGAUUGUUGGCUUCUAUUAAAUUAAACCCAGUGUCUCAGACCACGAUUUAGUAAAAUAUAUAUUUACAUUUUCAACAAAGUUAGUUUCUUCAGUACUGCCUGCCACUGCUGCUGAUUCAGUGGCGUCUGUUUUGACCAAAUCUAUGUGGCGUUUACUGAUUUAUGAGUUAGGUUUAGUGAAUGACAGUGAGGACAGCUUUAUGUUUCUUUCUUGUGGCUGGUGUUCAUUUUGACAAUUCCCAAUCAUCACAGAAUUAUGAUUAGCUGUAUAUUUGUUAAAAAUCAGAUUUUUACUGUUUUAUGCAUAAAUCUCUUAUUUUUUGUCUGCUUUUGUAUUUUAUGUUGAAUAUUGAUUUUAUUGUGUUCUUAUUAAAUGUUAAACUGAAAGGAAUCUCAUGAAAAUGUUAUCCCUGUGAUCCGUGUAUGUAUUUAAAUCAAUUUUAUGCACUGCUCUUUGUUUUCCUCUCUACAUUAUUUUAGUCAGUUUUUGUUUUUAACUGAGAGGCAGAGCCAGUGACACCAACUUUCUAUAGUCUCUCUGGUAAUCACAUUGGCUUGUUAGCCUUGUCAUUUUGACUAAUGGAUAUUUGCAGCACUCAUCAUUUGAUUUUCUGUUUGAGCUUUGCAAAUGAUUAGUUCCAUAACAAGUGGAAUUACAUCCUCCAGAGUGUGCAUCAUGUAAUGUGGUAAAACUUUUUAUCAAAAUAAAGCAAGCAAUCAAAAAGAGAGGAAUUAUACAUACCAUGUGUUGCUUUAUCAUCAUGAUUCUUUGAAUGCAUGUAAAACAGCACUGAUGAAUGUAAAAAAAUAAAUAAAUAAAAGCUAUCUUCCUUGAACAAGUGCCUAAUAUCAUGGUCAUACAAUAGCGACAAUCUCUACCUAAGUUAAAUUACAUUGUAAAUCCACCGAUCAUAAGAGCUGGCACGUUAUCACCUGAUGCAGUUGUAAUGAAUUGUACUCUGGGAACCAGAUAUUCAAUGAAACACAGUGUGGCUAGUUUUAAAAAGUUUAUUUAAGAGUGUGAUGAUGGACAAGACAGGCAGAUGAAAGUAGGACCAGCUAGAGAUGGUGGGAAAUGGCUGACCAGGUGAUGACAGAGACAGAUCUUGACCAGAGCAGAAGCAGAUGAGUUUUCCAGAGGAGCAGAGCAAGCACUGGAUCCAAACAGAACGAUGGUCUAGCAGGGCGAGCACAGGAACAACAGGUGAUGCAGAGCAGAUUCAGGGAAACGCAUGCAGACGAUGAGUUGAGACAAUCCAGUAGGGGGCGGUUGCAUGAGCCAGGUAUAAGCAAGUGAAGUUCCAGGGGAAUGGCUUGGAGAAAAUGAGCUGCAGCAGGUGUGACUGAUUGUGAUGAGAGGAGUUUGUAAUGGAGAGGGAACAACUAGUUAGUCCAAAAACAUACACUCUAACAAACACAAACAUACACUAUGACAACAGUUGCAAGAGCAGCCUGAUUUGUGUGCUCAGUGUCAUCAAGUAUAAAGACAACAAUUGCAAGUUUUUCAAGAUGCAUUGUUACAUUGUAGCCUACAUUGCUUA